AUGAACGGCGACCAUCAUCAUCAUCACCACCAUCACCAUCAUCAUUCUGCAAAUAAUCCAAAUAAUUUACAUUUACAGUUCUUUCUGGUACCCCAAGAUCCCAUACCUACAAAUGCCCUUGAUACAAGUAGUUUAGUGGUUAAUCGAGUAACCAUGAAUCCACUAGUUGAACCACCUUCAAAUCACACAGUACCCACUACUACAACGACGGUUACAUCUACAACUGCAUCAGCAACAUUAUCGAACACGGUAGGUGCAGAUGUAAAAGAAUUUGAGGACGAUGACGAAGAUGACAAAUAUUCCGAAGAUAAACUAGAUCCAAUUGCAUUCGCAAUCAGAAAUCGAAAGUUUAAGGCGGAAUUAACCCCAGAUGAACGAGGAUAUAUUAUUGGCCGAUCAGUUAGUACAAGUAUUCAGGAACUUUCAAAAGAAUUAAAAAUGUCAAGAAGUACAAUACAACAUACACUUAAGAUGUGUAGACAGAGGAAACAUAACAAGACGCUUAAUCAGAAUAGAGGAAGAAAAUUGGCUAUUUCACCGGAGGAAAUGGAGGAGGUUUUUAAACUUCUUGACGACAAACCAAACAUGAGCAAACAAGAAGUCAUAGCGAUAUUGAAUUUAAAAGUAAGUCCUCGAACUCUAAGUAGAGCAUUACAAAGAAAUGGAAAUAGGAAAGGUACACAGCGUAAGUAG